AUGCCAAACUACAGCCCCUUCCCAAGCUACGACCCCUAUCGCACCAACCGAAGUCUCCGCAGAGGCUUUAUGAACGACCUCCAAGUAACAGACCCAUCAACCUGGUCCUAUACCCGAGGCCGGUUCGUCGCCUUCGGCGCGGCCGCAGAGCAACGCCCCGAGGCUGGGGAUAUGAUCUAUCUCUUCCAGAACAGCAUGGAUCCAUCCGAGGAGAGCUUCAGGCUCCGCCCUAAUGGCAAUAUAUACUACCGCUUCCGCUGCACACCGCUUGUCUGCGGGAACAUGUCUUGCCAGGGCCAGACGAGGGUGAUGACGAGCUUUGCGCCGCCCGGCUGGGAUAGCAGUCAUGGCUAUCACUAUGGGAACCCUUUCAAUCCUCAACAUCAGACAAGGGAUCGUAGCUGCUGGGUGAAGAAUCACGGCAAAACAUAUAACAUUGACACCGAUUAUGAAGACGACUUUCCGGUCGGUAUCACAAGGACUUUCGACCUAGAGAUCUCAGAGAAAGUCGUCAGUCCUGAUGGCUUCCCAAAGGUCGCUCAAGUGGUUAACGGUCAGUUUCCUGGCCCGCUGAUCGAAGCCUGCUGGGGUGAUACAAUUGUUGUCAACGUCAAGAAUACCAUCAAGAACAACGGCACUACGGUGCACUUCCACGGUCUUCGGAUGUUCCAGGAGAACAACUUCGAUGGUGCCAACGCCAUCACUCAAUGCCCCAUUGCACAGGGUGACUCGUUCACCUACAAAUUUCAGCUCAGGCAGUACGGACACAGCUGGUACCACUCACACUACAGCUCUCAAUACGGCGAAGGUACAUUUGGCCCAGUCGUGAUACACGGGCCCUCAACGGCCAACUGGGACGAGGAACUCGCCCCUAUUAUGGUGCACGAGUGGCAUCAUGCUAGCGCGUACGACGCGUUCCACGAUUCGAUGUUUUCUCCCGCGCCACCAAAAGCCGAUCUGAUCACGCUCAAUGGCAUCGGCCGAAAUCACGAACUGGGUAUCGGCGCCUACUUCCAGAAGACGAUCGAAGAAGGUAAAAAGUAUCUUUUUCGAAUCACCAAUAGCGCCAUCGACUUCCACUUCCAUUUUUCCAUUGAUAACCACUUGCUGCAGGUUGUCUCGGUGGAUUAUGUGCCGAUCAAGCCGUUUUGGACGAACUCGCUUUCGGUGGGUAUCGGCCAGCGGUACGGCGUCAUCGUUCACACGAACCAGACGGCUUCUGCGAAUGGAAAGUACUGGAUGCGCACGGAGUAUUUCGAUGGCAACGUCAAAGACUCUACCUUUUGCCAGUUCCCUCAGCAGAACUAUCCGCCCAACCAAACCGAUACCCAGCGUGUUGGUGUCCUCAGCUACAGUGGUGCGGGUCCAGGCGAGCCUACGACAACGAGGUGGAAUGCAACGGUUGGCUGCAAAGAUCCCGUCUUCGAGCCUCACCUCGAGUGGAGAGUGACACCCCCGCAGAACGAUGUGGUGAAGAACGCGCGCUAUGUUGGAAUCGAUAGGAGCAAAGAGAUGCAUGGUGCUUUCCGCUGGCUGCUGGCAGAGCAACCGCAAUGGUUGAACUAUUCUAAUCCUACGCUUUUGAAUAUCGCGAACGCGAGCUGGAACUCUGAAUACGUUCUCGAGCCAUACUCUUACAACGACCCUGAAGGGUUCGUGUACUUUAUCAUCAAUUCUGGUGGCGGUCCUAGUAAGCUUACUGGUGGAACCCACCCAAUACAUCUCCACGGCCACGACUUUGCCAUUCUCUCCCAAGGCUUGGGUCCUUUUGACGUGGCAAACCCCAUAUACAACACAGAAAAUCCACCUCGGCGCGAUACUGCCAUGCUUCCUGCGAUGGGUCACCUCGUGCUCGCCUACAAAACGGAUAAUCCCGGUGCAUGGCUUCUUCACUGUCAUAUUGGCUGGCAUGCCGGCUCAGGUAUGUCGCUCCAGAUCCUGGAACGCCAACAGGAGAUCUCGAGCUGGAUUGGUGGGUCCGCUGCGUUUGAGCCUGCGAAGAGAGGCUGCAGAAAUUGGAGUGAAUUUCUAGCGAGGCAUAAAAAUGACCCGGAUGUUUUCAACCCAAUCGGUCAAGACGAUUCGGGAAUUUAAGAUGGGUUGGAAGCCAGUGUAUGUUAUGC